AUGGUGUGCAUACGGCCUGCUGUGGUCGCGGACCUGCUGCAGAUGCAGCGGUGCAACCUGAUGUGCUUGCCUGAGAACUACCAGCUCAAGUACUACUUCUACCAUGCCCUAUCGUGGCCACAGCUCCUGUAUGUGGCUGAGGACUACGAUGGCACCAUCGUGGGCUACGUCCUAGCCAAAAUUGAGGAGGAGGCGUCAGAGACGCACGGCCACAUCACCUCUCUAGCCGUGGCCAGGAGCCACCGCAAGCUGGGUCUUGCCACCAAGCUCAUGACGGCUGCACAUGCCGGGAUGGAGGACACAUUUGCGGCCCACUAUGCAUCGCUCCAUGUGCGAGCCUCCAACCGCGGCGCCCUGCAUCUUUACAUGGACACCCUGGGAUACGAGUACGUGGCCCUCUGUGACCGGGAGGCGCAGUACUAUGCAGACGGCGAGGACGCGUUUGACAUGCGGAAGCCGCUAGCAGGGUUCAAGAACGUAAAACGAGGGAAGGGGAAGGCAGAAACGCUCCCAAUUGGAGCUCUGGGGGAACCCAUGCCCCGGACUUCCUCAGAUGCCGUGCUGUCUGCCGAGGCUGGCAAAUCCGUGACUGCAUAA